GAGAGGGAUAGAGCUGUUAGCCCAGCCUCCCUUAUUUGGUUCCUGCCUUGGUCAUGUGAUCUCAAAAUGGUGGAAGCUGAGGGCUGUUUGUGAGCCGAGCAUCUCUCCGUCGACGGGAGCUCGGGAGAGGGGCCAGGCAAGACGGCCGCGCUGCCAAGCUCGCGCACACCUCCAUGUUUCCGUGACCGUGACACAAGAGAGGAAGGCUGUUAACUGAGACCUGAGCUGUCAGGAGUCCCCCUAGGUGCUGGGGUAUGGACCAGCCCUCUGAACGCAAGAUGAGCUCCGAAGGGGCAGAAGGCAGACCAGCACCGCCCACCUCCUUGCCCCUGCAGGGUGGGGUUGCCACGUCCCAGAGGAAGAAGCUGUCUGCCCCCCGAAUCAGUCUGUCUCUGGACCAGAGUGAGGAUGAUGUCUUUGAUACGCCUGAUGACCUAGACAUCAACGUGGAUGAUCUGGACACUCCUGAUGAGGCGGAUAUCCUGGAUUACACCGACCAUGAGAUGGACUGGGAUGAGCCCAUGGCGAGCAGCCGAGGUGCGGGCCGCGAGUCCAUCCAGCCCAUCCCCACCACCAGCGCUGAGGAGGAGCAGCAGGAUGCCAAGCUGUGGAGGACGGUGAUCAUCGGCGAACAGGAGCACCGCAUCAACAUGAAGAGCAUCGAUCCCUACAAGAGGGUCAUCUCCCACGGAGGCUACUAUGCCAAUGGCGUCAAUGCCAUCAUCGUAUUCGCUGCCUGCUUUCUGCCCGACAGCGACAGAGAGGACUACCAUGAGGUCAUGGAGAACCUUUUCUUGUAUGUGAUCAGCACGUUGGAGCUGAUGGUGGCUGAGGACUACAUGAUCGUCUACCUGAACGGGGCCACUCCACACAGGAGGAUGCCUGGACUGGGCUGGCUCAAGAGAUGCUACCAGAUGAUUGACAGGAGACUGAGGAAGAAUUUGAAGUCCUUCAUCAUUGUUCACCCAUCCUGGUUCAUCAGGACUAUUCUAGCAGUCACAAGGCCAUUUAUCAGCACCAAAUUCAGCAACAAGAUUAAGUAUGUCUACAGCCUGGCGGAGCUAGAAGAGCUAAUCCCCAUGGAGCAUGUGCAGAUCCCAGAGAGCAUCAUCAGACUCGAUGAAGAGCUAAAGGAAUCUGCAGAAAGUUCCAAAUUCAAUAGCUUCCUCCAAGGAUCUGAAGGACCGCCAGCAGAACCCGAAAGUGAAGUAUCCAGCAUGAGCAGCUCUUGAAGGAGGAGGCCUUCUCGCCUUGACUGGGUCUCCAGAAGGAGCAGAGGUUAUGUCUUUAGCCCCAGAUUGUUGCUCACUGAAGUGGAUGCACAAAUCACAACACACACACACACACACACACAUUCUCUCACACACGACAAGUCCUCUUAUGUUGGCUGGUGUCACACACUGGCUGAGAUCAAAACUAGUAGAACACUUCCACUUUGUUAGCGAACAGCAUGUAGCAUCAGAGGCUAACCCAUAAAACAUCUUGCUCUCAUCCAUCGUAAAUGGCACUUCAAAGAAUCUAGAGGCUACACCAACACCUUGCUUGACAAGGUCACUUUUCAAUGCUAAAAAAUCAGACCAAACUUUUUUCGGUCAAACAGUAAAUGGGUCGUUUUAAAUCUUCUCUGGAUAGGUUUGUCAAUUGUCGUUGUUCUUUGAAAUGUGCAUGAAAAGUAAUCAAAGCAAUAAUUUUCUUGUAGCAUUUCACCCACAGACCUUUGUUUCUUGGUCUAUGAUUUCACCCUUUAAUGCAGUUUCAAAUAUACAAAUUGUUGCCCAUACUUUAUAUCUUUAUGUCAAGCCAAAACUAAUGUUUGUCAUAGAUUACUGGACCUACACACAAAUACUCAACCCUUUCCUAUGAAGCAACUCAAUAAGCUCAGUCUCAAACAUUGCAUCAUAUGAAGAAAUUGUGACAGUGAAUUCCUUGGUGCAGCUGCCAAUUUAGCUGGUAAACAAAGCUGGAUUAAUCCUCCCUCUCCUCACUGGAGUUGUCACUGACUGUUGUGGUGUGGUCACAAAACCUGUAUGUAUGUAUGUGUAUGUGUGUAUGUGUAUGUAUGGUCAGCAAGAAAGGUCCAUGACUUUGAUCCUACCAGCUUACAUGUCAAUCACCAUCAGCGCAAGGACCAUAAAUACACAUUUCAGUAUCAAUUGUUUACUUAGCAGAACCAUUUGGUCCCAGUAACAGUGUAUACCAUGUGUAGUGAUACGACUAGAACCAGUUGUCCAUAUACAUACUAAGAGCAUGCCUUUUUUGAGGUCUGACUUCCGUAAACGUGGUUCCUUUGUCAUAGUCCAAAAUGUGUGUGUGUGUGUGUGUGUUUGUGUGUGCGCGUGUUUAUGUUUGUUUGGAGCAUUAUCUUGUCUCUCACGCUCCUCCCACAAACAGGAAAUGACCUCAAAGGGGGACAGGAAAAAAAAACAGCUGUUAAGCACAAUCUUCAGAGUGUGUGUUUGUUUGGAGGUGUGUGUGUGUGUGUGUGUCUGUGUAUGUUUCUGUGUGUGAAUGCCACUGCAUGUCCCCUUGUAGACGAUGUCAGAUGUUUUGGUCCUUUAGUUUAACAGAGAAAUGAUGAGCAACGACGAGUACUUGGGACCCAGUGGCCUUCUCCAGCUGUGUGUAUACAGGCGUGUUGUAAAAUAAUGGAAAGAUAUAUCAAUAAAUACUGUUCUAAUCUAAA